AUGACAGACUCCGGUGUACCUCCACAGGAAUCUCAUACCCAACAGUCUCGCGUAGACGAGGGGAAAUCCUCAGAGCAGGUUUUCCAGGAAGCCACUCCGGAUAAGGAUCUGGAACAGCCAAUCGCACCUGAUCAGUUUGAUGUGAAAUACUGUACCACAAAAUGGGAAAUAUGGGCAUACUAUGCUUACUACAUUGGAAACAAUGGAUUGUCUUUAUUCAACUUCGGCCCAACUGCCUUCCAAAACCUACUCAGCCAAGCUGCAGGCGAUAGCGGAACUCUCUAUUUUGCAGGACGAGAACGCUCUAUCAAUAGUAUCGUUCUUCUCAGCAAUGGAAUUUCAUUCGCCAUCCAAGUGGUCAUCUUUCUAGUCAUCGGCAGUUUCGCCGAUUUCGGUACAUGGCGACCCAGUAUCCUCAUCACCCUUUCGAUAAUCGCAUAUGCAAUCGGGUUCGGCUGGCUUGGCGUUCACACGGCAGACAAAUGGCACGUCGGCGUAGGACUGUACAUCGUCGGCUUAAUCGCCUAUCAAACGACGCUGACCUUCUGGACGGCAGCAUUCCCGGGUUUGGCGCGCAAUACACCCGAAAUGAAAGCAAAAGCCGAUGCCUAUACCGCGGGAACUAUAUCGCGGGAUGAAUACGAUCAAGCCGAUACAAUAGAACGGAGUAGGUUGGCGAACAUCGCUUUCUAUGUCCAAUCCUGUGCGGAGGUAGUCAUCCUUGCUAUUAUCGUGGGUAUCAUGUUCGGAGUGCAUGUCAAUGCAAGUGAGGAAAAUAACAACUGGGGCUUGAGUGUUCUGAUUGCCUUUGCGAGUGGUGUGUGGCUGCUCGUUUCGUUGCCUUGGUUCUUUCUUGAGAAGCGUCGGCCAGGACAGGAUCCGCAGGGGAGGAAUAUCUUCGUUGCGGGUCUGUGGCAGCUGUAUUAUGCUAUGAAGCAGGUGUGGAGACUGAAGCAGAGCUUGCUUUAUCUUGUUGGUAAGAUUUGA